AUCAAUAAAAAUAGCCGUCAAAAUCAUGCAAUAUAUACAAGAAACUGAUGGACUUUCUCUCAUUUAUCACUGAAUUUUACCUCGUGGUCGACAGUUUUGUUGACAUUGUUUGUUUACCUGGUUGACACUUAUUUCCUUUGUUGAAAGUUAUUGCUACGUGAUGAGCUCACUGAAACAGUACGUGUGAGCAGGAUGAUAAAACAGGGAGAUUGUUGUUGCAGGCACAUUUCAAACAUUAAUUUAAAUUGCCAAAAGACAAAUAAGGAGAAAGAGACUGAGAAUGACUUCUAAUUAUUUGAGGGACUCUGUGAGUGACUCACAGGACUUUAUAUUGCAACUUUCUGAUGAUUCCACUACUGAGGACACACAUGAACCGGUAGAAAAUAAUAAAGAGAAAACAGAGAACAGUGUUAUUGUGAUUAGUGACUCAAGUUGCAGUUCAUCACCUAAGCACUUUGAAAAAUCAGAAUGGCAAUCUGGUACAGCUUCUAAAAACAAAAAUAAAGUAAAAUAUAAGAGAUUCUAUAUUUCGGAAACCUCUUCAGAGGACGAAGAAGAAAAGAUUAAUUUACCAUGGAGAUUAGAUGAUGGAUCUGAUGACCGACUGUUAAGUAGAAAAUAUAUCAAUAAUGUACAAAAUCAUAAAGUAUCUUAUACUUCUGAUGAGACUGCUACUACUAAUAGUAGUGACAUGACUUACGAUAGAAAUGCUAAAAAAUGGACAAAUAAAUCUAAUAUAAAAAGUUCCUGCAAAAGUACUAUAUUAACACCUACCAAGCAAAAAAUUAGACAAUUUAAUACAGAUACGAAUAAGAAACAUGAAAUAUAUAAUGUUAAAGAAAUAAAUGAAGUAACAACACCAAAUAGUUUGACGUGCAGUAGCAGUUCUGGUAUUCGAAAUAGAUUAGAUCAAAUCACUGUUCGUACUACUCCACGACAAAAUAAUGUAGGAAAAGGUAAACUUACGAAAGAAGAUACUCGUAAAAUUUUCAGAAAUAUAAUAUCCACAAAAGUUGUGUAUGAUUCUCCCAAAGAGAAGAAAGAAACUAAUAUAAUAAUUGACGAGAGUACAGAUAUGGAUGAGGAUAUAAUGCAUCCUGCCCUCUCAUCCAAAAAAGAUGGGGAAAUAAGUUGUCGCAAUGACAGUUUUGAUGUUAUCGAGACAAGUCUUAUAGAUGAUAUUAUUCCUGACUCACAAACUGACUCAUCAAAACUGAACAACCAAAUGCACAAUAGCAAACUUAUCGAUACAUCCAAGAAUGAGGACCUUUACAGACCACUGUCUGAGAAGAAAAAAGAACAAAUUGCUCAAUGGCUUAUGACAAAUCAACCUGACUCUCGAAGCGAUAGUUCUUGCAGUAACAUACCCGCGAGUAUAAGAAACAGUAUAAAUUCUGGAAAUAGCAGCCUAGAAAGAUUAGAGUUGAACUAUGAAACUCCAAAUAACAGGGGACAGAUCAAUAAAGCGCAUACCAAUGAGGAACAAACUACAAUUACGAGUCGCAAAGGGGAAAUUCAGUUAUUUCCGACGCGACAAACUACUCUGGAUAGAUUUGUCCAAAGAUCUAAAGAUAAUAAUUCUGAGUUUUGUACGCCAGAUAGACCAACGGUUCUAGCAAAAGCACAUACUGAGAAAAAGAUAUCUUCAUUGGUGGUAAAUGAUCCUGAGGAUGCAGAUGUAAAGAAUUGUGCAAAUAUAUUAGAUAAGCUUUAUGGCAAAUCCUGGAGAAAUAAAGCUAAUGUAUUAUUACCAACAUCCGAACCACGGAAGAAAGUUUCCAAAACAAUAGUUAAAACUAUACAAACAGAACGGAAACCUGUAUUAAAUAAUCAAUAUUGUACAAUAGAUCUGGGCAAUUCCAGCUCAGUUAAAAUUGACAUCAGGUCGGACACAAGAAAGAAAGUCCAACGAAAGCAUAAAAAACAAGAUAGUUUUAUUAAUGACGAAUCGUCUUCAAGCGACAAUGGCGAGAGUAUAUAUCACACCGCUUUAACAAACUUUAGAACUUCCACAGAUAAUACAACACCCAAACAAAAGCUUACCAAACCUACGCCAGUAUCGACUUCAGUCAAACAAAUAUUGUCACUAUGUGAUACUGAUACCGAGGAUGAAGUAAAUGAAAAAUCCAGCAGUGAUCCCGAGAAAAAUUUUCCCAGGAGAAGAUUAUCAUUCAGUAAUGACGAUGGUUCUAUCACAAGCGAAUUUGACCCUGGAGACUAUAUACCACCGAAGUCUACUUUUAAAAAAAAAACCACCGAUACGCUGCAACCAUCUAAAACAUUAACGAAAUCAGUCACAACGAGUAGAUCAUUAAGACACGAAAGUUUUUUGGCAUCAUUAUCGAGUAUGGUUCCAAUGAACAACUCUCAUCCUGACGCAAAGAAAUAUAGAUCGGAUUAUAAAAAUCAGAAAGAAGAGUUAUGCAAAAAAUUGUAUAAACUGUAUAAUGAAAAAGUAUUUGAUGGUCAAUUGCCACAAGAUCUGCCGAUUGAAUGGAACAUACGUAUGAGAGGUACUGCAGGAUAUUGUUAUAACAAGAAGUCAGUGAGAAGUCUCACUGGUGUCGUCAAAUCCUCAAGGAUUGUAUUAGCAACAAAGAUUUUGGAUACACCAGAUAGACUAAGGGACACCUUGAUUCAUGAAAUGUGUCAUGCUGCAUCUUGGUUAAUAAAUAAUGUGUCUGAUGGUCACGGACCUUUCUGGACAAAAUGGGCUAAUACAGCAAUGAGGACGUUUCCCGAAUUGCCACAAAUUCGUCGAUGCCACGAUUAUGAAAUUAAGACUAAAUUUACAUAUAGAUGCACAGAUUGUGGUUACAGCAUUGGGAGACAUUCAAAGUCCUUGGAUAUUGAGAGGAAACGUUGUGGCCAUUGCUAUGGAAAAUUUGAAUUGUUAGUCAAUAAAACAACAAAGUCUGGUACUGUGCAAAAAGUUAGUCUAAAAAAAGAACCUUCUGGCUUCGCACUUUAUGUGAAGCAGAAUUACAACUCUGUGAAGAAGGAAAAAAAUAAUAUGAGACAUGCCGAUGUGAUGAAGAUUUUAGGUAUUCAAAUAUGAGAUAUUUAAUAUACACAUAAUAUAGAGAUUAUUCACAGCCACGUACAAGUUCUUCUGUGUGAUGAUAAUAUUAAAUAUAGUUAAGAUCUGUAGAACUUGUAAUAAAAUAUACUCAGAGUAUCAAUGCCUUGUUCCGAAGUAUCAUUUCACUGAAUAUAUCAUUGAAUUGAUUUCAAUUUACAAACAUAUCCAAGAGAGCGCGUCCAACUCCUAACCCGUUAUAAACCGUACACAACAUUGACAGCUGCAUCUGACAUCUCAUUACGACACGAAGAGAGCGAGGCAGAUGGUUACGAAAACAAACCGACUCUCUCUCUCUCUCUUUCUCUCUCUCGCUUUCCGUUUCGCGAGUCGCCAACUUCGAGCUCUGCAGGAAGUUCGAGCGAAGACGACCGUCGUCCAAUAGCAGGAUAGCUUUCCUAGAGACAAAAGUGUCGCUCGGCAGAAAUUCCUAGAACCGUCUGCUGUCAACGCGCGAUGCAAAUCCCGUGUUAUCCGAGCGGCGGCG